UGAGAACUGAGCAAGUUCAAAAGAAACAAUCUCAGCCGGGUGACGACAUUUUCUUCGGUUGUCAAAUCGUUCAAACGUUAUAUGCCAGCUCCCUACGCUCAGUCUUCGGCCUCAACUUCCUUGAGAUGCUGCACCUUGCAACCCGCGCAUCGACCAGACUAGCUCGCUCUACCCCUCCUUCCGACCCUUGAGACUGGGCGCAGUUGUUCGCCAGCACGGUAGUCCCAGACUCCUACCCCUUCAGCGACACCGCGAUCGUGACACAUGUCAUCUGGCGGCCUGUGAGGUGAUUGCGCUGUGAAGAUGCAAAGAUCAGAUUCGCAAACCCGGGCCUUAGCUCCAGCUGCUAAGACUUCUUCACCAUCGCGAGACCCGCGACGUAGAGGAAAGGUCAGCUCGAUACAGGCCGCUGAAAGUGUUGAUGCUGGUAAGGACCGGGCCUCCGGCAGUGGGGGAGAAGAUGCACCCUCAUUAAGUACGCCGCAAAGCACUACCAGCAGACUGGACAACAUUCCUACCAUCCUCUCUGAACCAUCUGAUUUCGCAACGGCCUUUGUUUCCUCUAUCAUGGACGCCGCCAUAGCCUGCAUUUGGUCCAUCAAAGAGAAUGCCCUCAGCGGUGAGCUCAAGAUCGCUUGCGAGGAGCAUAAGAGGGAACUAGAAAGAAGUAACCAAUUUCCCACCGUUAUUAAGGAAGCUCAACGGAAGAUCAAUCACAUUGAAGCUGAAUAUCGUACAGCCAAGAAGGAGGAAACCGCCUCUAGGGAGAAGGUACAGACGUCCGCAAACCACUUUAUCCGACUACUACAAGAUACGAGCGACGUCAGAGAUGAAAAAUUCAAGACUGUGAAUAAUCAAAUGGACACUCUUCAAAAAGAAUGGAGAGAUGCCCUCUCGCAGCAUACAUUGGCUCGCGAGAAAUCGGAAAUUCGACUGCGAAAACUUGAGGAAGACGGGCGCCAGCAGGUGUUGGAAAAUCAGCAGCUCAAGAAACAAGUCGAAGAGUUACAGUCUCAACAGCACGACAAGGAUGAUGCAUUUCGAAAGUCCUUCAAUGAUCUAGAACAGAAAUUAUCGUCGAUGAGAGAGAGUGUCAAAGGGUUUGCGGCAAUGUUAUCAGAGUUGCAGAAAGAUAUGCAGCAAGUCCAAGAGACGCUAAAACCAGCACAGCAACAAGCAAUUGACGCCAUGGAACGAGUUUGCAAGAACCUUUAUUCCAGAGUUGAAAAAGAGUAUGGCGAUCUCCGGUCAGACAUUGACUCGCAUACCAAGGCAGCUGUGGAACAUGCUAAAGAAGCUUGCCGUCAAUCUGCCGCCAACCACGAACAGAUUGCCACCAUCCAAAAUGAGAACGGAUCUUUGAAGAAGCAACUCGCCACCAUCGAAGAUCAAUUUACACAAUCUUUGACGACAAUCACAGAACAGUUCGAUAAUUUCGCGGCAGAUUGGAGCAGCCUUGGACCUGGAUGGCUGUUAGAUGAACUGAACACUUCCCGCCAGCAACAUGAACAUCUGACGAUCAAAUGCAAUCAGUCUCAAAAAGAGUCCAGCACAAAAUUGGAGUUACUCACGCACCAGCACGAUGACCUGCAGAAGAUCCGGAUACAACUGGCCGAACAGGCGAACGAGGUCCGAGAUUUGGGUCAAGCUCUCGAUCAAGAGAUUCGAUCACGGAACGUCCGAUCCAAAAAACAGGACACCAUUUUCGGGGGAUCCCCAAGCAACCGUGUUCGUGCCUCGGCUGCUGAGGUGGCGCAGACACUGGUAGCCGAAAAUCAGCACGGUGCAAGUGUCCUCAGGCCGACGUCGGAGGUUUCCGAGACGAAUUCCCGUUCCGAUGUGGACAACAUUAACCGGAAGCUGAAGAAGUUGGAGGAUUUCGUAUUUCGUCUGGGCAAACGCAUGGACAUAUUGUCCGGACGUGUUUCUUUGAUCGAGGGUACCGUAUAUAAACUUAUUCUCAACUUCGAAGGCGGAGCUCACAAAGUCUUGACCAAUGUAGAAAUCCUACACAUCAAAACGGAAGGUUAUCGGCUAAUAAUGGACCAGGUUGUGACUAACCAUGCCAAGACUGAAGAAGUCAAGCACCCACGUCCACCAUUGUCAGGGAAUCUUCGAACGGCAAGACAGCCCGAAGUUGAUGCACCAUCGGUGGAUGCGACCAGCGGGUCGCAGGCUAUACCUGAUGAGAUCAACGGCGGGACAAGAACAAUCGCGGAUGCGGUACACCAAUUCUCAGAAGAUGACGAGCAGGACAUUGAGGGAACAGUUCCAGAAAAGUCCAAGAAGCCAGUGAUACCUCAAUCAAAACCGACACGGAGUCUAGGUCGUCAAUCUAAAUCAACCUCGAAACGCAAUCGUGCACAGAGAGAAGAGCAGCAUAUCGAUCUCACACAAGAUUCGGACGAGGACGAGGCCAGGCCUCCAAAACGCAGAAUCCGACGCUAAGGAGCUUGUACGGUUGCACCUCUGGAUUUUGACAUGCUGUCUUGUUAGCAGCGGAAAGGCUGGAUCGAUUUUGAACUUUUCUGGUGGGGUGGGAAAUUGAAGGAUGAUACAGGCUUGAAAAUAUGCCAACAAGAUAAUGGGACUGGGCGUUGAUCAUCAAGCUUGUGCUGUUGUUAUUCCAGUGCCUUUGAAAUGAGGGGACACGAUUGGUGAUUUUGACGAUGUGUGAAUGCUGAUGAUCAAGCGGGACAUUCAAAAGCAAGGGGCUCUGAUGUUUAAUAGGCAGCUGGUUCCUCAUGUGCUCUUCGCUGUGCGGUGGGUGGCUUGACUCUCGCGAUACGGUGAAUAUCUUGUUUGACGUGCAUACAACAAAUCGACAACUGCGACUGGGAAUUUCUGACACUGCCAAGCUAUACGAGGCUGACAGAUGGUGCUUGAAGAUCUUCCGGAGCCGCUAUGAUUGGCUUAGAAGGGGAGAACCCCAGCCUCGUACUUACCACCAUUGGCUUAGCUCAAACUUUCGAAUGAGUCGCACACCCCGAGCGUUGUCAGUUCCUUGCGAGACGCCUGUCUCAUUUCCUCCCCAUCCCACUUCGCAAGCGCCUCUACGAUUGAUCCGACGACAUACUCGCCAAGGAUCAAGCUGAAUGCCACAAAUGGCGAGAUCGUCCAGAGGCUUGAGCAUCGCCAGUCGGUCAGUCGAACACCGUCGAGCGGUUGUCCAUGUGAAAGAGGGGCUAGACAGAGCGUGUUGGGAGAGACGGCAAGGGCGAUCGCUAGUCUUCAUCAUUACCGACAAAGAUACGUUGGACUUCAUGGCGAGCUGAAGAGUGUCCGGGUCUUGCAAGCAUGCGUCCCCCAUUCCCACAUGCCCUCGGCUCCGAGCUCCGGAAACCAUC